UACCCCUUACGAUUAGGAUUCAAUCACGCACUGAUCGCAACACACAAGAAGACGCCCCUCUUCUUCGUUUUUCUGGUUGCUUGCCUGACAGUCCUAGCGGCGGGCAUAGUUAGCCCUUUCUCGGAGGCCGUGGCAGCAGCUGCUGCGGGGAGCACUCUCCGUCUCCGCCACAGAGGGCUAAACUACCAAAUGGCACAGCCUGCUUAGCGAGGCAGGUGGGUGCCUGGCCAGCUUGUUUGGAAUCCCGAAAGAUGGUGUUGUCAUGUUCGUGACGCUCCUGCAAGCCAAAACUCAAAGGCUCGCAACAGCUAAAUGAAGUAACGUGGCAUUUCCUCGCGGGGUAAAGGAUGUCUAAACGCCUGCGGAACACGGAGGUCUGCGCAGACUGCAGCGUCCCAGAGCCUCGCUGGGCCUCGGUUAACAGGGGCGUGCUGAUCUGUGACGAGUGCUGCAGUGUUCACCGAAGUCUGGGUCGACACAGCUCCCAAGUCCGCCACAUGACCAACACGCCAUGGCCUCCCACGCAGCUCCAGAUGGUUCAGACAUUAUACAGCAAUGGUGCAAAUUCAAUAUGGGAACACUCCCUCUUAGACCCUGCUUCUGUGAUGAGUGGAAAACGCAAAGCCAACCCUCAGGAUAAACUCCAUCCGAACAAAUCGGAGUUUAUAAAAGCCAAAUAUCAAAUGCUGGCGUUUGUCCAUCGCAUGCCUUGUAAGGAGGAUGAUAGCUCUACUGCAAAGGAUUUAAGCAAGCAACUUCAUUCGAGCGUACGCACCGGUAAUCUUGAGACUUGCUUGAGAUUGCUAUCUCUGGGAGCACAAGCUAAUUUUUUUCAUCCUGAAAAGGGAAACACCCCCUUACAUGUAGCGGCGAAGGCAGGACAAGUGUCUCAGGCUGAGCUGCUGACCGUCUACGGGGCCGACCCUGGAGCUCUGGACAGCAAUGGAAAAACUCCCAUUGACUAUGCAAAAGAGGCGGGCCACCACGACCUGGCAGAUCGACUGGUGGAGAUCCAGUAUGAACUCACGGAUCGCCUGGCGUUUUAUUUGUGUGGGAGAAAACCGGAUCACAGAAACGGCCAGCACUUCAUCGUUCCACAGAUGGCUGACAGCAGUCUCGACUUAUCUGAACUUGCCAAAGCAGCGAAAAGGAAACUGCAGUCUCUCAGUAAUCAUUUAUUUGAGGAGCUGGCCAUGGAUGUGUAUGACGAAGUGGACAGACGAGAGACUGACGCAGUGUGGUUGGCCACACAGAAUCACAGCACGCUGGUGACCGAGACCACUGUGGUUCCUUUCCUUCCUGUGAAUCCAGAGUAUUCAUCAACACGAAACCAGGGACGACAGAAGCUCGCAAGAUUCAACGCACACGAAUUUGCAACUUUAGUGAUCGACAUAUUAAGUGAUGCAAAACGCAGACAACAAGGCAAUUCAGUUGUCAGUCCCAAAGACAAUGUUGACCUAAUCCUGAAGAACAUAGCGGGCAGACACGGUAGUGACAGCCAGGACAAUGACCAGCCCGACUAUGACAGCGUGGCCUCUGAUGAAGACACAGAUCAAGAGCUGCCCUCUAGCAAAAAAGAUAGAACCAAGAGCCUGGACUCUGACCUAUCCGACGGCCCCAUAACUAUGCAAGAAUACAUUGAGGUGAAGAACGCACUUUCUGCCUCUGAAGCCAAGAUCCAGCAGCUCAUGAAAGCCAACAGCAGCCUGAGCGAUGAACUGAGAGUAAUGCAGAAAAAGCUGCAAUCUCUGCAAAGCGAGAACUCCUCUCUCAGGCGGCAGGUCACAACCAAUAUCUAUCAGCCCCCCAGCGGCACAGACUACCCUGACCCCUCCAGCCCCUCAGCCCUGAAACGCCGGCAGUCCGGGCGGGCCAGUCGGCCCAUGUCUAUGUAUGAGACCGGCUCUAUCCUCAAGCCCUAUCUCCCCAAAGGGGAAACUCCCUACCCAGAGGAGGGUAUACCUACCCUGCAACCCUUCCCACCUCAUACAAAAAGGGGGGCUUUUGUGACCUCUUCUUCAUCCCUCCCAUCAUUUCCAUCCACCCUGUCUUGGUCGAGGGACGACAGUUCAGAAAAGGCAUCAAAGUUUGAGAAGCAAGGCAGCAUGCAGGAAAGUGACUAUGACAACACUUUCAAUGACUCUGAGAUGGAUGACUCAGGUUUCUUACGGAGGGGGAGGCUGAGGAGCGGCGGCUGGAUGGUGGAGGGCAGCUCCAUACCCGAACUGGAUGACCUGGAGAUGGAGUCAGACCCCGCACUUCCCAGCACGGAGGACGUCAUCCGCAAAACCGAGCAGAUCACCAAGAACAUUCAGGAGCUUUUGCGGGCUGCUCAGGAGAACAAACACGACAGACCCAGUGAGCGGGAAAGUGUGCGGCGGCUCAGGCACAGCCUGGGAUGCUUCAGCACUCUGGUGCCCUGGGCUGAGAAGGCUCCCUCUCCCCUUCAGCCGCUUAGCCUCCGGUCCCCUGACCCCUCCUCCUGCUUCAUACCCUGCUCAGAAAGAAUACACCUGGCUGUAACAGAAAUGGCCGCCCUCUUCCCCAAGAAGCCGCGCUCAGAGACGGUGAGAGGCUCUCUGCGCCUGCUGACCUCCAGCGCCUGCCGCCUGCAGGGCGAGUGCCGGAAGGCCCUGCCCUCAGAGGGCUGCCCGGGACCGGACAUGCAGCUUGUCACCCAGCAGGUCAUCCAGUGUGCUUAUGACAUUGCAAAGGCUGCCAAGCAGCUCGUCACCAUAACAACAAAGGAGAAUACCAACUAAACUGCACUUACAGGGCUGCAAAGCCUUUAGCAUCUCAGUUCUGUUUUCACAAAUAUGUUCAGUUAUUUGUUUUUUGUAUUUGUGUUAUAUGCAUGUGUUUGUUUGUUUUUUUAAAAUGUAUUAAUGAUUUUGACAAUAUUUAAAGGGGGAGAUGAAGCUAAGUCUUUAUAUCAGGUGGAAAGUCAAAAAACCUGUUUGAACAUUCUUGAAGCACAAUUUUCCUGCAGUAAAAUAAUCUUUCAGCCAGCAGGUCUGUUAAUAAACUACUCCAUAAAGAAUAGUUCCAAAAACCAUUGUCAUUUCAUAGUGGUCCUACAUUUCACUAAGAAAAAGAAUGGUAUGUUUGAGCUAAUGUUAGUCCAAAGCCACCGAAUGAUACUUAAAAAAAAAAGAUUAAUUUAUUGUGGCUGAAUAUUAUUCUCCAAAUAUUGUUGUAGCUAAAAGAGCUUCCUCGCAUUUAUUACACAAUGUAAAUAAGUAAACCAUUUAGUAAACUUCCAUUCAGUGUUGGAAUUAUUGUUUAUGCUGACUUUGUAGCUCUGCAAUGCAAAUGUUGCCUGCAUUAAAAGCUAUUUAUAUGGUCCGACCCCUGUCCGAGUGUAAUCCUGUCUGCAGUACACUUAUUGCAGCUAUUUAUGUGUACCCAUUCAUCAAGUCCAUAAAAGCAAGCUAGACAUGUUCUGGGGCCAAGCUGUAUUCCUCACCAGCACCAGGACUGAGCUGUGUUUCUGACAGGCUCCGCUUUGCACUGCGUAGUGCAGACAUUUCCCCGUGCCGGGAGCCAAACUACGUAUGCCCGUGUGUUAUGUGCUCUGUGCCACUGCUGCUAGAUUGUAUUUAAUGUGCAACAUGUGGGAUAGAACUAUCAAACAUCGAUCCUUUCUGAAGUGUUUCUGAAUACAUCUGUUCCAAGUAUUGUUGUCCUUCUCUGUGCUCCGCUGGAGUUCAGGGAUGUCUGAAACAGCUGUUCAGUUGGAUGGAGAAAGGUUCUUAUUUUCUAAAUAAAG